AUGCGCGCGGUGAACGCUCCACUCACGGUUUCGAAACCAUCGACCAGUAACACGCCAUCUCAGCGCAGAGCUUCUUCUUCGCUCGCGACGACCUCUGCGUUACCGCCUGGAUUUGUCGCUUUCGGCGGCUUAUCUGUUUUUCUCGUUGGUGCGACGAAAGCUUCGCAAAUGAGACUGGAGCAAAGAGUGGGAGAAGAGAUGGAAAAAUGCACGAAGAAUGGCAUAGAUACUUCAGAUUUGUAUUACGAUUUUGAUUUACCUGGGGAUGCCUAUCCGUUCGGAGACGCGGAAGGCAUGGAUUGGGUUCCAGAUGAUUGGAAACCUCCCAAGAAAGGGGACCCGAAAUUCCUCCCGACUCGAAUGCUCGGUCAAUUAACUAUGCGAAAUCAAUUAUACGACGUGACCAUCAAGGCGCAGGAACAAGGCGUGGAUGUGAGCGACGUGUUAAUACCUUUCGUAGACGAGGAUGGGAACGCGUGCGAUCCGAAGUAUGAUUCGAAUCAAAAGCGAUACGUCGAGAUCAGGAAACGAUUGGGGAUGUAG